GCGAAAUCGGCAAUCAACUCUUGCCCCUCGAUUGUUCCGGUUCCGCUUCUUUCUCGCAAUCAAGCAACUCUCUGCAGCCACGGCAUUCGGCGGUUUGCUUGCGUUGAGAUUCAUCUCGCAACACUCGAUAUCACGUCAGAUCACGUGGUCAUGCACCGGGCCGUUUGCGCCUCUUGGUAACAUCAACGAGCCCACGACUUUGUGUGUGGCGGAACUUGGACGCGCGCGGGCUUGUCGCCGGGCGCUAGUCGCCGAACAUGGCUACUCGCACAAGUACGCGCGAGUCAGACUCCUCGGGGAGUUCCUCAGAGGGUCCCUCGCUGUCGCGACGCGGCACCUACGCAUCCAGGGCUACGACGGCCAACGAAAAGAAGACCCUGUGGGGUUGGAUCAAAAAAACAUGGGAGAGGACGGGCUUGGACCAACCAACUAUCUUGCUGAUGAUGAAAGGUGGACUCGCGCCAGCGAUUGCGGUGUCAAUCUACCAAGCCUCAGAUGUUGCGGAUGAGUACACCACUCUUGGUUAUCUUAUGGCCAUUGUGUCAAUUCUCGGCUUUGCCAUCAUGCCAAGAGCCAAGUUCAUCCAGAUGAUGAUCUUUGACGUGCUGGCCGUCUGUAUUGCGGCCUGCUUUGCACUGUUGACAAUGUACUCCAGUGUCAAAGCACGCCAACAUACCAGCACCAAGGUGACCAGCCAAUCCUACAACUCAUCAGCAUCUGCUGUUAGUGGUGUAUGGCUGUUCUUCCAAAUUUGGCUCGUACACACGUUCCGUGCCAAAUACCCCCAGUUCCAAUUCCCUGUGAUCAUUUACGCCAUUUUUGCCAACGUCUCGUCUGUCUAUGCACCACAGAUGGUCAACAUGGCAGCUGCAAUUCAACUGGUGGAACAGCUGCUUAGGACUUUCCUCAGCGGGCUGGCCAUUGCCACUGCUGUUUCGCUGUUUAUCCUGCCAAUGACGUCACGCAAGGCGGUUCGCAAACAGAUGGCUGGCUAUAUUGGGGGGCUUCGUUCUGCAUUAGGGGCCCACGCAGCCUACUUUGAAUCACUAGAAAGUGACGACAUGUUUGGCCGGGCUGAAACAUAUGACGACUCGCGCGAGAAAUUUGGCAAGAAGGGCAAAGUCUACAGUCCCGAGGCUGAGGAUAUUCGGGCUGCUAUCCGUCAAAUCACAGAUCUACACGCAAAACUGCAUGGAGACUUGUCUUUUGCGAAAAGAGAAUUCGCACUCGGUAAACUGGGCCCGGAUGACCUGCAACUGAUCUUCCGCCAUCUCCGACAGAUCAUGAUCCCCGUGGUCGGGUUGAGCUUCGUGGUUGAUAUCUUCCAGAGAUUGUCUGAUUACAACAGAUGGAAUGCCCCCCUCGACCCAAAUGCCGAAACGGUUCCUGAAGAGAUUCGCUCUCGCGCUGUGCGCGACUGGAAUGAUAUUAUGCGUGCAGUGCAUGAUCCUUUCGCCGAGAUGAUUCAGACUAUUGACGAGGGACUAUUGCAUACCUCAUAUGUCUUCCGACUGACGAAGCCACCCAAGAAGUCGGCAUCUGCAGCACCUACAAAUAAUGAAGCCGAGGAAGAGGCGAAAGAUGUAGAAGCCUCAGCAGGGAACACCGCGCCUGGAGAGAAGGCCUUUACAGCCCAUUUCGAGAAGAAGCUGGGCGAGUUCCGAAGCGCGAAGCGAAUCGCUCUUCAGACUUGGGCCGAGGAGAAGGGAGUCAAAUUACCACCGGACUUUUUUGAUCACCCUUCUUCUAUGGGAAGCUUGAAGGGCGAUUUCUUUUCUGCAUCUUCUUCGUUCCAGGACCGAAGUCGACGACAGCUUUACCUGUUCCUUUACAUGGAACAAUUGCUUUACUCGACCGGAAAAACGGUCCUUGAAUUUGUUCAAUACGCUGACGAUGUCGCCGCCAAGGGUAAAUUGUCGCGGACUCGACUCAUUAUUCCCGGUUCUAAGCGCAUGAUCAAAUGGGUGAAAAGCUGGCUUAAGGCCGAGGACAAUCACGAAGAUGACAACAUGGGCGAUGUACAUGCGCAAAACAGCAGUCUCGAGCUUGGCGAGGCCUAUAAGCACCGCAAAGACCCUGAGCACCUUCCGCCUAGCACCGCGUUCGAAAAAUUCGGUGACAAGGUCCGGGUGAUUCCCUGGUUUUUGCGCUCGUUUGAAUCUAACUAUGGAUUCCGAGUCGCAUGUGCAACCAUGACGAUCGCAAUCGUAGCUUUGCUACAUGAUACCCAAUCCUUCUUCACCAAGCAACGCCUUGUGUGGGCCAUGAUCAUGGUGAAUCUCAGCAUGUCUCCCACUUCUGGGCAAAGUAUCUUCAGCUUUGUGCUUCGCAUCGCGGGUACAACUAUUGCCAUGGUCGCGAGUCUUUUGGUCUGGUAUAUACCGGGUCAGAAGACCCCCGGCGUCAUCGUGUUCCUCUUCCUCUUCGUAUCUUGUGCGUUCUACGUCCCCAUCAAGAUUUUCCGUUUCCGCGUCAUUGGAAUCAUCAGUAUCGUUACUACGACUAUGAUCAUUGGAUACGAACUCCAGGUCCGCAAAGUGGGUGAGCAGGUUGCCACCUCUAACGGACAGCCUUACUAUCCAAUUUAUCUACUUGCGCCGUAUCGUCUGGCUACUGUCAGUGGAGGUAUUGCGGUCGCAUUCCUCUGGACGUUCUUCCCAUACCCCAUCUCGGAACAUUCGGUCCUCCGUCAAAGCCUAGGUGCAUCGUUGUACCUUCUAGCCAACUACUACUCCAUUAUCCAUGAGACGAUUUCUGCUCGCAUGCGUGGAGACGAGGGGGAUAUGACUCUGAAGAGUUCUGCGGGUCGGAAGCUGGAGAAGGCACGACACAAGGUGUUUUCAAAACAGAUGUUAAUGCUGAAUGGACUGCGAACCUACUCGGAAUUCCUUAGGUGGGGAGUUCCGAUCGGUGGUCGGUUUCCAAAGAAGCAAUACGACUCGAUCAUUGUCUGUGUUGAAAAUAUCGUAAGUUACCUCAGUUUACUCGGGUACGCAUCCGACACUUUGAUGCGCCUCGGAGAUGACGAAGACGACGAGACAGGCUCGGCCUGGAUGCACGACUUCCGGCGAUUGGUCGGCACUGCCAAUGUCACAACUCACGAGGUCACAUCCCUGCUUUGUCUCCUCUCCGCUAGUAUCACAAACCGACAACCUCUACCUCCCUAUCUCAAGGCUCCCCGACCGUACAGCUUCUCCAAGCGCCUUGAGGCCCUUGACAGCGAUAUUCUGAGUAUCAAGCACAUUGCUGAACCGGGCUUUGCAGCAUUCGCAGUCUUACAAAUCUCUACUCGCUGCAUUGUGGGAGACGUGGAGAGACUCAUGAAACAUGUCAAAGGCUUGGUUGGAGAAUUGGACUUUUCGUUCCAUGCCGUGAGUACGCUGGAUGCGAGAAUUGCGGAUUCGAGAUAUACCUCGCGUGCGCCAUCGAGAGUCAGCGUCAACGAAAUUCAGGCGGCUGAUCGUGAGAAGAAGGACUGAUUUAUGAGUCUUGUUUUGGAAGCAUGUACAUACUGAACGUUUUUGGUAAUCGUCCUUUGGUUGGACUGUAAUGGCACUUGCGUAUCACAAUUAUCAACUCCAAGCCGUGAAACGCGUCCCUCAUAGCUUCCUUUUGCGAAGAGAGAUAUGUUGGGCCCCAAAUGAAUGGAUGUCGCAAUCGGCA